UAUGCUUCUGGUAGCGGAGAGAUUAGAGGGACCAUUCAACAUUGAAUCAGUCAUGGAUCCUAUUGAUGUCAAGAUUUCUGAAGCCAUCAUGAACAUGCAAGAAAACAGCAUGCAGGUGUCAGCAAAGGUUUUCCAAGGAUGUGGCCAACCUAAACCAGCACCUGCCCUGAGAUCUUCCCGUUCUGUCCCUGAGAACUUCAACACCCGGUUUAGACCAUAUAACCCAGAGGAGCGACCUACAACUGCUGCUGGCACAAGUUUGGACAGGCUGAGGACUAUCUGGAGGACAAUGCAACAUGGUGUGACAGACAUUAAAGAGAAGCUAAAGCUCUCUAGGAAGUUCUGGUCGGCGCUGCCCUACACGAUCUGCAGGGACGAGCGGGUGACGGCCGGUCCGUCGGUGGAGGAGGACUGCUGGAACGGCCACACCAAGGCCAGAUACUUGCCUGAGAUAAUGAAUGAUGGCUUGACCAACCAGAUCAACAAUCCAGAAGUAGAUGUGGACAUCACAAGGCCAGACACCUUCAUUCGACAGCAAAUCAUGGCCUUGCGUGUCAUGACUAACAAACUGAAGAAUGCCUACAAUGGGAAUGAUGUCAACUUCCAGGAUACGAGUGACGAAACCAGCGGCUCAGGCAGCGGGAGUGGCUGCACAGAUGACAUCUGUCCCACCGAGUUCGACUUCGUCACCACCGAGGCGCCGCCGGUCGACUCGGACAGGAGGGAGGUGGAGGCUUCAGCCACACGGCCUGGCUGGUCACUGCAGACAUUGCUCGUCACCUGCCUCACUCUUGUACUGCAGAGACAGUGGAGAUAAUCCUGGCUCUAGUCAGAGAAACUGUGUUUUAGCUGCAGAAACAGCCAACUCUCUUCUUUUCUUAUCUCUUGGACUCUUGGACAGUGGACCACGCCACAAACACUUGCAGUUUUCUACAAGACAGCAGAAUUGCAACCUGCUUCCCAUUUUAGUUUUCCCAAAGAGUACCAGGUGCCAGACUGAACUGCUUCCUGCUUUUUUCAGAUAUCUCUGAAGACAAUAUCCACUCUUGAGAGAAUUCUUUCUCAAUUCUUUAUUACAGGAGACUUUCUGAGCUUCAUUUCCUUUUAUGCUGCAAAAGGGAAAAAGGAUCUUACAGUAUGUGUUUUUCCCCAGUGAAAAAAGACAGGGGAAGAAACCAAGAAAGUUUUCUUUCUGAAUCAAGCCUGACUCAAGGCUGCUGCAUUUCAACAAAAUAUC